AUGCCUAUUCUAACCUCCUCUACUCCUAUCCGUCCUGUUUCUUUCUGCUGUUCCCUGUAUUUCCGUACAUCAAUCAUUUUACUUCUUCCCACCCUCUUCCCCCCCUCCUUCCAGUUCGAAGUGCCCUGCACAGCAGAAGCCUAUUUCAAUCUCCUCUACUCCGAUUCGUCAGAUUUCGUCGUGGUUUACCGAGCCAAGCGCAAGGACACGGAGCUGAAGGUGGGCGAGUGGAAGGAAACAGAGCAGUACGGAGGAAAGAUGAGAGAGGUGACCUAUCGCUCGCUGUGCGACUCGCCCAUGUGCCCACCCUCCACUGCCAUGACUGAAUGGCAGCACAUGGCCUUCGCUGCUUCGGACCACAAGCACCUGGUCCUUGAGCUAAUAAACCAGGCGCAUGAUGUGCCAUUUGGGUCCUACUUUGAGGUGCAUGCGCAGUGGACGGUCAAAACGAUGUCCGACAACCCCGAGAGCCCAUCCUGCAGUGCCGAGCUCAAAGCAGGCGUGCACUUCAAGAAAUGGUGCAUGAUGCAAGGGAAGAUUCGACAGGGAGCACAGGCAGAGAUGAAGAGAAAUAGCCAGGCGAUGAUGGAGAUGGCAAUGACAUUCAUUGCAGAGCGCACACAGAGCGGUAACCAGCCGGCCGAUUGUAACGCCGAUGCUGCUGCUGGGAACGGCAGGGCUGGUAGCAAUGUUGAUAAUGAGAAAGAGGGAGGUGCUUUCAGGUGUUAUCAAGUCCACAUCAGGGACCAGGUGGAGGUGCAUCCAGGUGUUACCAGGUGGAGGUGCAUCCAGGUGUUACCAUGUGGAGGUGCAUCCAGGUGUUACCUCACGAAGCUGCAUCUAGAUGUAGGUGCAUCUUGCCCGCUACAGCCGCCCUCCCUCCUCUCCAUUCCCCAGUUGCUUUCUUUGAAACCCCUCCGCUCCCCUCCCCCCCCUCCGCCCCCCUCCACUCCCCUCCGCUCCCCUCCGCCCCCCUCCGCCCCCCUCCACUCCCCUCCGCUCCCCUCCGCCCCCCUCCGCCCCCCUCCACUCCCCUCCGCUCCCCUCCGCUCCCGUCCGCUCCCGUCCGCUUCACCAUCACCACCUCCCCGCUUGUCCAGACAGUAUGCAACACGCUGGCUAGAGAGGGGACAGCUGGGCCUGUACCUGCAUGCACUGCAAGACCUCGCUCCCUUCACCGCCCUCUUUUUGAUUCCCCCGUUCCCCCUCUUCCAUCCUGUUUUAUCCCCUCCCCCAAAUAAUUCAGACGCUAUGCCACACUCUACGGGAGAAGGGACAACUCGGCGGCGUGUCCCUUCACUGCCCUCCCGUUUAUUCCAUAUGCCGUCUACCUACCAUACCCCCCUCUCCCCUCCCCCGCACCAGACGACGGUAUGCCGCACACUGCUGGAGAAGGGACAGCUCGGCCUGUCCCUGCAGGACCUCGCUCGCUUCACCGACCUCCCUCCCCCCUCACUGCGCUCCGCUCUCCUGGUGCUCGUGCAACACAACUGCGCGCAGGCCUUUCGCCCGCAGACUGAAGACACCGGCCCUCUUGCCCGUGUGCCAACACUCUACAUCGCUCUACAGGACUCCAUCCUGCCUCGCCUGCGCUUCCCCAAGUUCAUGGCCCAGACGAACGAGCUGCUGGGCGACGAGGCAGAAGCAGUGGUGGAGGCUCUUUUAGAGCACGGGCGCCUGUCCCUGCACCAGCUUGUGCAGCGAUCGGUGGCAAAAGCUGGCUCGUCUGACCCCUCUGCCGGAAAGACCGAGGGUCAGGUUCGGCAGCAGCUGGUGGCGGCACUGUCAGUGCUGAUCCAUGAGAGACUUGUCGAAAGGGUCGGGGCCCCCGAGCCUAUGCUGCCGGCUCGGGGAGCAAGCAGCGGCGGCGAUGCUCCCAAGCCCGCUUCUCGUGCGCGUGUGCGCACGCGGGCAGUCAUGGAAUCGUCUGGCUACUUUGACUCGGAGGAGCACCGCGUGGUCGUUGCAGCGCGCUGCAGCGACGCGCUGCGCUUCCAGCUGCCCGGCUCCUGGGUGCUGUCGAAUGUCAGCAGCGGCCGCUAA